AAGUGUCAUCUGGUGGGAACUGUCGCUGCAGUUCGUCCAAGUUGUUAUUAGACAGCAAAAUAUUCGACUCUCCUUUAAUACUGCUCAUUUUCAUCCAACUCGCAGUCUGUAUGCUGUACACAGGUACUUGAGGAACCCGACUAUGCUCUCGGUUUUAUUCUCCCUCCAGUUUUGUUUAAUAACCCCAGCUGUCAAAUUGAGCUAGCCCAGUUAGCUUGUUGGAGCUAGCCCAGUGUAACGUUAAGCAGGUGGGUGAGACUCUUCAACGCGUACGGCUCUGAUGUUGACUACAUAACGUAAGGACAAGGACCAUUAAUGGCAGCUCGGCAAGCCUUCACAGACACGGAUACUUCGGAUGAAGCAGUGAGGGCGACCUGUGACGAUGCAACCAUAUGCAAGAGGUUUGCUACCAGUAAAAACUACUGGAAGGACCCCUAUAUCCAGUAUUUCGCAAGAUCUGUAGGGGAGCGGAAGGCACCUGAAAUCAAUAGAGGUUACUAUGCCCGUGUUAAAGGAGUUAACCAUCUCCUUGAUGCAUUUAUAAGGAAAACCGAGUGUGACUGUCAAAUAAUCAACUUGGGUGCCGGACUGGAUACCACGUUUUGGAGACUAAAGGAUGAAAACCUCAUGCCACAGAAGUUCUUUGAAGUUGACUUUCCAACAGUUGUGGCCAGGAAAAUACACAAUAUUAAGACGAAACAGCCACUGUCCAAACCCCUCAUUGAAACCCACUCAACGGAUUCCUUACUACUAGAUGCCCACAGCCUUGACUCAGACCGCUACUGUAUCAUCGGGGCAGACCUCAGAGACAUAUCUAAUUUGGAUGAAAAACUGAAGAAGUUCCAGCUUAAUCCAGAAUUACCCACGUUGCUCCUGUCAGAGUGUGUGCUGGUCUAUAUGACGCCCUCCCAGUCCUCCAAUCUAGUUCACUGGGCAGCAGAAACCUUCCACACUGCCAUGUUCAUCAACUAUGAACAGCUGAACAUGAGCGAUCGAUUUGGCCAAGUGAUGAUCGAGAACCUGCAGCGUCGCCAGUGCACCCUGGCAGGAGUGGAGGUCUGCCAGUCUCUGGACUCUCAGAAGGAGCGGUUUCUGAAGACUGGCUGGGAGCAUGCUGACGCUCUGGACAUGAUGACGGUCUACAGUAUGCUGCCCCAGGAGGAUGUGGCAAGAAUUGAGCGUCUGGAGUUCCUGGAUGAGAGGGAGCUUUUGCAACAACUUCUUCAGCACUACAGCAUCUGCUGGGCCACCAAGGACAAACUCAAUCUGGGGCUGUCACAGUUGGCAUUUUAAGUGUGAAACUACUCCACUGUCGGACAUGCUUCACAUGUGUGUACGCCAAAAUCAACAACAGGAGAAGAUGUGUAAAGGGAGACAUUGGGAAAGAGGAAGCUCUCAUUCUCCAUCAAGCCCUCAACUGGGAGCUGUUCCGGCGUGAAAACUCCCUGCAUCAGCAGAAUGUGAUUUCAUAAGCGUCCUUUUUAACCCCGCACAUGUUGAAGAUAACAGAAGAUGUGGUCGAGAGCUGUGAAGAGGUUUUCAACUGUAAAGUGACCACACCGUCACUUAAAAAUGUUGUUUAAAAAUCUGGUCACCUCUGUUGCAGAUUAAAGAAUGUAUGAGGUUUGACAUUUCAGAUGUCAAAUAUUUGUCUCUGUCUGGUUUUUAUGUGCCAUUUUGAUUUUAUUUAUUAAUCAAUUGUGCUUCUCAGACUCAUUUUCUUACAAAACAUACAUGCAUGUGGUAGAACUAGUGUCAAACUGCAAUAAAUGGUACAACUACUGGUUCAUUUGCAUUUACCUGUAAAAAUGUUUUCUAUUCUGGAGUUUAGCUUUCAAACAGGUAAUAGGACAUGACAGAUUAGUUUGUGAUAGAUUAUAUUUGAUGAAUGCUGGUCAAGUGCAGUUGAAUAAAACAAUUCUGUUGUUUA